AUGGUCACUGUGGUCGAGCACAGGAUGGCGGUAAAGAAGUAUGGGUUGGAGGCUGCGUCAAUACCUACUUUACAGUCACGGCUCUUGAACUUGCGGUGGAAAUUUAGGGCGCACGAGCCUCCGUUUCGCGAGGAGAUGCCGAGGCUCGAGGCGCCCAACUUCUACUACGACCUCGAGGAUGUUCUGGCGGAGGGGAUUAAUGCGAGGAAUGGGCUGGGGAUCGGGGACCCGGUGAGCUGGUCGGUUCACCGGCCGACGACGAUAUUUGGGUUCUCGACGAGGGGUUCGAUGAAUCUGAUCGGGAGCCUGUGCGUUAGGUGCUGCUAUGAAGUGCCGGGAAAAAGAGUUCAGGUGGAGGGGUUCUCCGUUCUCCGAUGCGGAUUGGUCGGGCAAAUCUGGGCGGCGGUGGAUCCCUACGCGAAGAACGAAGCUUUCAAUUGCAGCAACGGGGACGUCUUUAAGUGGAGGCACAUGUGGAGGGUCUUGGCCGGGCAGUUCGGGGUCGAAUUCGUCGAGUUCGAAGGGGAGGGCGAUAGGGUGAAGCUCGCGGAUCUGAUGAAGGGGAAGGAGGAGGUUUGGGAUGAGAUCGUGAGGGAGAACGAGCUCUUGCCGACGAAGCUCGAGGAGGUUGGGAGUUGGGGUUUCGUUGAUGCUGUGCUUAACGUGGAGGAGUCGCAUCUGGGUAGCAUGAAUAAGAGCAAGGAGCAUGGGUUCCUGGGAUUUCGAAAUUCGGUGACUUCGUUCGUAUCUUGGAUUGAUAAGGCUAAGGCUUUCAAGGUUGUCCCCCCUUAGAGAUCUGUUUGUUGAUGAAAUCUUUCCUUCCAUUUUCAAAUGCAAAGUGAAAUAAGCUGGCGUCUGUGCGUGUUCUUGUUGUUUUUGGGUGCGUGUGGAGCUUGUUUAGCUAGUAUGACGUUGGGUUGUCGUCCUUGAUUCUUAAAGAAAUUUCAUUGUUGGUAAAUUUGAAAGUACUCGGUCCGUAUUGCUUUUGCUCAGAACGAAACGAAUCUGAUCAAAGAAACUUGGUUAUUUUAGAAUUAUGGUAUGAUUGCCGAGGGGCAUCCUCAUGUUUCCCCUU